CCCCCCCCUCCUCCUCCCGCUACCUCCUCCUCCUCCUCUUCUUCUCUCUCCUCCUCUUCUUCCCCUCUUCGUCCAUCGGUUUUGUCCGCUUCAAACCGUACUGCUCUUCUAGCUAGACACCUUUCUUCUGUCUCCGCUACUACACAAUCGCCCACCAUGUCUUACACCGUCCGUAAGAUCGGCCAGGCCAACACCCUGGAGCACCGUGUCUACAUCGAGAAGGAUGGCAAGCCCGUCUCUCCCUUCCACGACAUCCCCCUUUACGCCGAUGAGGCCAACAACAUCUUCAACAUGGUUGUUGAGAUCCCCCGCUGGACCAACGCCAAGCAGGAGAUCUCCAAGGAGGAGUUCCUCAACCCCAUCAAGCAGGAUGUGAAGAAGGGCAAGCUCCGUUACGUCCGUAACUGCUUCCCCCACAAGGGCUACCUCUGGAACUACGGUGCCUUUCCCCAGACCUGGGAAGACCCCAACAACGUCCACCCCGAGACCAAGGCCAAGGGUGACAACGACCCGCUCGACGUUUGCGAGAUCGGUGAGCUUGUCGGCUACCCCGGCCAGGUCAAGCAGGUCAAGGUCCUCGGUGUCAUGGCCCUGCUCGACGAGGAGGAGACCGACUGGAAGGUCAUCGUCAUCGACAUCAACGACCCCCUUGCUCCUAAGCUGAACGACGUUGAGGACGUCGAGCGUCACCUCCCCGGUCUUCUCCGUGCCACCAACGAGUGGUUCCGUAUCUACAAGAUCCCCGACGGAAAGCCCGAGAACCAGUUCGCUUUCUCCGGCGAGUGCAAGAACCAGAAGUACGCUCUGGAGGUCAUCCGCGAGUGCCGUGAUGCUUGGGAGAAGCUGAUCUCCGGCCAGGCCCCCAAGGGUGAUGUCAGCAUUGCCACCAGCACCUACGAGGGUGUUGAGCGCGCCGACGCUUCCAAGCUCGCCAGCAUCCCCAAGGGCGAGAACCUUCCUCCUGCCCCCAUUGACGGCAGCGUUGAUAAGUGGUUCUUCAUCUCCGGUGCCGCUGUUUAAACCUGUACAAAUCCUAAAAUCGAAACCUAUUCCCCCACCUACGGGUGAUUUACAUACUUCAAACUUCU